AUGCAUCGAUUAUCGAAUACAAGUCUAUUAAUGUUAGACAAUUCAUCUUUAGCGAUAUUAUGUCCAUUAGAUUCUUAUUCUGAUUGUUUACUUCGUUAUGAAAUGACUACAUAUAUAGCACAAGUAAAUUAUUAUUUAUUUAUUCUUGAUUCUAUUAUCGCUCUUGGAGGUUUUCUUGGUAAUUUACUUGCUUUAGUUGUUAUUAAUCGUAAACCAUUAAAAAAUACAUCAUCAAGCGUAUUUAUCACUUAUUUAGCUCUCUUUGAUAUAUCGGUGUUAAUUGUACAUGUUUUUUCUAUUAGUAUUUCUCAUUUUAAACUACAUAAUUUAAUUGUACACUGUUUUAUUACAUAUGCAACAGAUUUAACAACAUUUUGUAGUAUAUGGAUUCUUAUUAUCAUCACAUUAGAACGUUGCAUCGCUGUUCAUUGGCCAUUUUUAUCUAAACGUUUUUGUACAAUUCGUUUUGCUCGUUUAAGUAUAUACAUUUUAAUUGUUAUGUCAUUUAUUUUCUUUACCACUACAUUUCUUCUUGUUUAUGAACCAAAUUUUAUUCAUUCAAAAUGUACCAUUAGGAAAAAUUUACAAAAAAUAAUUCGUAUUUAUAAACCUGUUAUUUUCUAUUAUAUUCCUGAUCUUUUAUUAUUAUCAAAUUUAUUUAUUGUUUACGGAUUGUGUGUUAAACAUCGACGACAUACUCGAACAUUAAAACUUCAUAAUGAAUCAUUAAUUCGUAUUAAUGAUGUUAAUAUUAAUCGAAAACAACGUCAAUUAACUGUAAUGUUAAUUACCGUUUCACUCUCCUUCUACUUAUUUACUACACCUGCUAUUAUAAACUUUAUUACUCAACUUCAUCCACCGAAACAUCGAAAUGUUCGAAAAUUAAAAAAACUUUUUUUACAAGCACAAGUUACCGUUCUUCUUCUUCAAAUGAAUAAUGCAACAAAUUUUAUUUUCUACUGUUUAGCUGGACAACGAUUUCGAGCAGUAUGUUUACAAACAAUUCGAGAAUACUAUUCUACAUUGAAAUAUAUUUAUUAUCAUCAUUUAUUAAGACAAAAAGCAUACAUGAAACCACAAAAAUUCUAUUUUGAUACAAAACGAUAUUCGACAUUCCAAUGUCUAAAUGAUCAGAGACAUGAAUCGAUAUCAAUGUUACAUUACUCAGUCAGGCAAACAAAUUUUCCCAGACAAAGAAGAGCAAGAACGUUAACAUUUAGUUUUUAA